CAGAGCGUGGACAGCUUUGCUGCAGCCGUGUCAUCGGCCGCUCUCCAGAUACUAGUGGAGUGAAGGCGUAUUUAGAGGGAUAACGAGCGCGCACUUGGCCACUGUGAUCCUAAAGACAAUCUGCCGCCGCUGCAGAGACCUGUCGCUUAGUGCCGAACGGACACAAGGGGCCCGGAGGACGGGACCUGGGACUGUGUGUAAGGGGUAAAUGGCCACAAUAUGUUCUGAGGGGAGACGCUCCUGCCUGUGAGACUACCUGAGCACCCAAUGCGUUCUGGAAAAUAGGACGUUCAUCCGGGAGUAAUUUAGACGCAUUGGAAGUUUUUCUGAACGAUUUAUCUGGUUUGGACGCUGCAGACAUGGACGAGGAUAACCAAGUGCCCGAGGACCUGUCUUUGGAAGAGAGAGAUGAUCUUUCAAACAUACGACGCAGGAAAAAAGAGCUUCUUGAUGAUAUCGAACGGCUGAAAUUUGAGAUUGCAGAAGUAAUGAAUGAGAUUGAACAGCUAACCUGUGUUGGGGAGAGCAAAACCUCACAAAGAAACAAACAGAUUGCCAUGGGAAGGAAAAAAUUCAACAUGGAUCCCAAAAAGGGAAUCCAGUUUCUUCUGGAGAAUGAUCUUCUCCAGAACACCCCAGAGGACAUCGCACAGUUUCUCUACAAAGGCGAAGGGCUCAACAAAACAGUCAUCGGGGACUACUUAGGGGAACGGGAUGACUUUAACAUCAAGGUCCUUCAGGCAUUUGUGGAGCUUCAUGAAUUUGCAGACCUCAACCUUGUUCAAGCCUUAAGGCAGUUUCUGUGGAGCUUCAGACUUCCCGGUGAGGCCCAAAAGAUUGAUCGCAUGAUGGAAGCGUUCGCCUCCAGGUACUGCCAGUGCAAUCCUGGCGUUUUCCAGUCCACAGACACUUGCUAUGUCCUCUCAUUUGCCAUUAUUAUGCUGAACACCAGCCUUCACAAUCCUAACGUCCGAGACAAGCCCCCGGUGGAGCGCUUCAUCUCCAUGAACAGAGGGAUCAAUGAGGGAGGAGAUCUCCCAGAGGAGCUACUCAGGAAUCUUUAUGACAGCAUCAAGAGUGAACCCUUUAAAAUCCCGGAGGAUGAUGGGAAUGACCUGACGCACACGUUCUUCAACCCAGACAGAGAAGGAUGGCUGCUUAAAUUAGGGGGCCGAGUGAAAACCUGGAAGAGAAGGUGGUUCAUCCUGACGGACAACUGCCUCUACUACUUCGAAUACACAACAGACAAAGAGCCUCGUGGGAUCAUCCCACUGGAGAACCUUAGCAUUAGGGAAGUUGAGGAGCCCCGGAAACCUAACUGUUUUGAGUUAUACAACCCCAAUCACAAGGGCCAGGUGAUCAAAGCCUGCAAGACUGAGGCAGACGGACGCGUUGUCGAGGGCAACCAUGUGGUCUACAGGAUAUCAGCACCUACGCCUGAGGAGAAGGAGGAGUGGAUAAAAUCUAUCAAGGCGAGCAUUAGCAGAGACCCCUUCUACGACAUGCUGGCCACCAGGAAGAGACGCAUCGCCAACAAGAAGUGAAGAGAGACAGUCAAGUCAAGCGCCAAAGUGCUCCAUCUUCCUCUGCAUUCAUGAAGACAUAAAUGACAUGCUGCGAAACUGGUCGAUCUCAGAAACUCCUGUUGACUUGCAGACAAAACUGGACACUCUAUAAAUGAGGGGAAUACAUAAACGCUACUAGGAAGUAGAAAACAAUUGAACCAGCCUGCUUGUGUCCCCUUAAUGUCAAACCCCCCCUCCGCCACUCAUACCAAAACAUGUUUCUGUUUCCCCCCUAAAGCACAACUGCCAUGUUUCAGGUGCACAUGCAUGCAUGUGGGUUAUUAUAGAGAACUUCGUUUGUGUUUUGUAUGUGUGUGCCUCAGUGUGCAUGUUAAGUUUGUUUGCAUACAGUGUGCAAGUAUUUCCUCCACUGUGCUUUAAAAAAAUGGUUGUUGAAACUAAAAACCAGAGUUCAGGUGGUUGGCCAUCAACACUGGGGUCAAAGAAUAAACAGGGUGAGGAAACAGAUGCACAUUUUUAAGGGUUGGUGUUUGAGUCAGUUCAGCAUAACCACAGCUGGACUGAGGCGUCAUCUCAUUCUGGGGCUGAGCUCUUCUCUCCUGGUGCCAUGCUCAGAGUAACCUCAGAAAAAAAAGGUGUCAAAUAGAUCAUUGGAGUCUAUAUUCAGCUGGGCUGAUGUCAUUCUUUUCUUUGGGAGCUGAGACUUGAAAUGUGUAUACUUUGUUAUAUUAUGAUUAAGUAGUAAUGGUGCUUUAAUAUGAGACUUCAAAUAUAACUUUUUUUAGACCUGAAGUUGUAAUCCUUAUUGCCCUACCACACCAUUACACACCAGCCAUUUGUUUUAACGCCAUUGGAAAACAUGAUGCCCUGCUUCCAACGACCCAGCAACCUUACACAGUCUCAUGCUAUGUUCUGUAGGCUGUUCACUCUUCUGAAGAUCCUGAAUGUUUCAGACUGAAAGUGAAACUUAGGUCAUCACUGGCUAUUAGCUAAAUGAAUCACACAAUCAUAAUCAUCUGACUACUUGGAGGCGCUCAUGCUGAAAUGUCGAUGUCACACUCUAUGUGCCGUCGCUGUAAAAACAAGAUUAUAGAAUUUUGAAACAAAAUAUUUGGAGUUGACAUUUUAAAUUGUGUUUAGCAUCUUAUUAAUGAGGUUAGCGUUGCUGCAACAGCAUUCUUCAUGUGUUUUCACUUGAGAAUGUAGAUCUUUACCAAAAGGCUGCCAACAGUUUUGGACAGUGGCCUGUAUGGUCAGUGACAGAGAUUAAAAAGCUCAAAUGGUUGAACUGGAGAAACGUUUCUGUUCUCCAUUUAGCCUUCCUGUCAUCUGCUGAAAGUCCCACUCUCUCUUGUUCUCUAACGACCUGAAUAAACCACAGACCUGUCUCAACAUGUUAAAAUGUUUUUAUUUCCAUUUAAAAACGUUCUGGCAUUGUUGCACUUCAUAUGAUUCAUCCUCUCUAGUAUUAAAAAUAUUCAAGUUUGUGUCUUCUCCACUCAGUCACAACUUCCACAUCAAGAUGUCCAGCAUGAUCUGUAAAAGCAUUUGGAUUGAUAUAUAUUCAAUGAUAGGGAAAAAAGAUCAGACCCCCAGUUGCUUUGUAAUGAGAUGCUAGAAAAAGUCCCAGAGUAAUCUGAGUUUUCUCCAGCUGUAUAGAGCAGAACAGCCCCUCAGAAACACCUUUUUUACUUUGAUUGGUACUUCAUAGGAUGGCAGUCCCUAAAAGCUGCAUCAGCUUACUUAUUUUGUGCUUUGAAGGCAAAUUAUACUCAACAAUACCUUAUGCCAAUUAGCUGUCGCUAAGCAGUUAUUAAUACCGUAAAAUAUUUUAAAAGAUAUGUUUUCUUGAGCAUCUUAAGGAUUACAACUUCAGCAGCACUUUCAUUUUCAGAAAGCCUUUUAAGUCUAAAAACGGGUUUGUUUUCUUGCUCUGCAGCAACCCAGUUGGUACCAGUCCGAUUAAGCUUUUUCCAGUUUUUUUUUCAUUUCUCUACUGCAUAUGUUAGUGAAGGUUGAUGUAUUGUGAUCCUGUUGCAUUUGAUUGUUGCUUGCUUUUCUACAUAAUAACCAGCUUUCUUUUUAUUAUUUAUUUUUAUUGGUGAAAUGGUUUUAUUAUUACUCCCUGUAAAUCUUAAAUAACGUAUGCCUAAGUUAUGUAUGUGUAUAUAUAAUGUAUUGGUUUUACUGUCUUUGUUGUAGUAUGCACACUCUGUAACAUGUUUGCAUCUUGCUAAAGUUUGGGGUCUUCUUUGCAAAAGCCUUAAACAAUCAUUUGGUUCAAAAAAUGACAUUUGAAGUGAUGAAGAGAAUCUAGGUUAAUAACUGUGACAAAGAUGUUUAAAAGCCAUGACUGAUAAGAAAAAGAUGGUUAUAUUUAUAAUAAUGGGAAAGAUUAUAGUGAAUAUGAUGCUUCAUGUUUAGGAUGAUGAUUAUAUAACUGAUAAAGAUGUCAAUAACACCAAUAGUUUUGUAUGUUAUUGUAAAAUAAAAUGUAGGCCUUGUGAUAUAAGGGCAUCAUUUUAUCUUCUGCAGCCCUUUGUGGGCUUGUGGUUGCAUUAAUUUUUAUAUUCUCUGUAAGAGCUGUUGGUCACGUUGUACAUUACGUGUAUCUACAUAAAGUAUACAUAAAGCUUA